GAAGAAUUGAAGGACGCUGAAAUCGUCAGUGUCCCAAGCUUGCAGCUGCAAGAACAAAAAUAAGAUUCACAGCCAACAAAUCUGAGAACACGACUUUUCGUGUCCUGCGGUGUGUGGUGAUCGUCUUCUUCACUCACCCACUGUGUGUGUGUGAGAGUGCGGUGUGCAGUGGUGUAGGCCUAGAAGUUGAAAUUAGAAAUUCCGAGGAGACAGUCAGCAGCUUCUUCGGGUCUCGCAAUCACACCGAUACAGUUUAGUUCAUCAUGGCCGACAACACGUUGUAUGAAUUGUUGGGUGUACCGCGAAACGUCUCCGACAACGAACUGAAGAAGGCUUAUCGCAAACUAGCCAAAGAAUUUCAUCCUGAUAAGAACCCCCAAGCUGGUGAUAAAUUCAAAGAGAUCGCUUUCGCCUACGAAGUCCUUUCGAAUCCUGAGAAGAGAAGCAUCUACGACAGACAUGGCAUACAAGGUCUCCAGGGAAGCGGCGGCUCCGGGAUGGACGGUGAAGACCUUUUGUCACGCAUAUUCGGUGGGGGUAUGCCCGGCUUCGGAGGUCUAUUUGGUGGUUUCGGCGGUGGUCAUCGACGCCGACCCAAGAACGAAACCCAACUCUUGAGUCUAAAUAUCACGCUCGAAGACGUCUACAUGGGCAAGACAUUCCAAGUGGAGGUUGAACGACGCAUCAUCUGCCCCAAGUGCGACGGUGCAGGAGGGAAAGCUGGCUGUUUCUCCACCUGCUCGUCUUGCCAAGGCCGAGGGCGAAAAGUGACGUUGCGCCCGCUUGCCGCGAACGUGAUGCAACAAGUCACUCUACCAUGCAACGACUGCCAUGGCUCAGGAGAGAAAAUCAAUGAGAAAGACGCUUGCUCCAACUGCAAAGGUCGCAAAACCAUCAAUCAGAAGACGAACUUGGAUGUCGACGUCGAUCGGGGAAUGAACACCCAGCAACCGAUUGUGCUCGCCGGCAAAGGGGAUCAGAGCACCGAUGCUGAAAACGGAGAUAUCGUUGUGCGACUGAUUCUUGAGAAGCACGAAACCUUUGUGCGUCAAGAGAACGACUUGUAUGUUGAGAAAACAAUUUCUUUAACCGAAGCCCUUUGCGGUUUCCAAAUGAAUAUCCGCCAACUCGACGGUCGAACUCUCUUGAUCACUCAACCCCCUGGCGAAGUCAUAGCUCCUGAUAGCCUCAAAGGCAUCCGGGGCGAAGGAAUGCCUAUAUAUAGAGGGGAUUCCAAGGGUUGUAUGUACAUCAAAUUCAGCGUGGCUUUCCCGGAGAAUGCAUUCAUGCAGCAGGCGAACCUCGCGCAAAUCGAAGCAUUGUUGAACGACCGUCCCCCUCGAGAAAAGUUGCCGCAAGAGUUCGAGGACGUUACCCUCGAAGACUUCACGUCUACCGAUCGAGGCGAGUUCAGCGGGGAGCGCAGAGAAGCUUACGAGGACGAAGAUGAGGACGAUCAUCGUCAGCCACAGUGCGCCUCUCAGUGAGCGACAAGUGAUGCCCCACCGACAACAGUUAUUUAGAAAGAAGACGGAAGUGUUCAGAAGAACAAUAUUUAUCGACUUCUGAGAACAUCAUCAACUAUGUUUGGUAAUAAAUCAAUCGGAGAUUCCUUCAUUGUAACGGUAACUGCGGGACGGAGAAGAGAAAACUCUUGGAUGUCAUGAACCUCUGCGCGCUUCAAAACGUCACCAGACACGAUGAUUCAUCGGCGCAGUUUGUAGAAACAAUUUUUGUGCGAGGCAGCAAGACAUGUAAAAGGAUAACUUUGACUAGACGAUGUACAGAAUCGCUAUGGUGAUAUACCAGAGUGUGAUAGGGCCCCGCUGAGAUUUAUCUUCAAUAGGAUAGUCGAUCAAAAAAGAAAGCUUCGAACUGUUGCUGUCAAACUCUCCAUACUAUAGUUACCAAAAAUGAACACUGGUGAUCCGAGGCUCCGAUAGGAAUAAAUCAAAUUUCGGUUGACGACAA